AUGCUCCUUAGCCGGGCCGAGCAGCAGCAGCGCAGCAGCAGUCGCUACGAAGUGAGCGAAGAAGGCUACGAGAGCGUCAAGUCGCCCGUGGCGCCGCCGCUGGAAGACGGCGCGCUGCGGCCGGGCGGCCCGCCUGUCUACACGAGCGCGCCGGUGCUAGGUCUCCUCGCGCAGUACGUGUGUGUCGGGCUGCUCUACGGCGCGCUUCCGAGCCUCUCGUACCCGCUCUUCACGGCCUACUUCCGCCUCAGCGGCGCGCGCUUCAACGCGAUGACGGCGCUGCUCUCGAUCGGGUGGUCGCUCAAGGUCUUUGUGGGCAUGCUCUCGGACUGCGUGCCCAUUUGCGGCUACCGGCGCAAGUCGUGGAUGAUGGUCGGCUGGACAUUGUGUCUCGGCUGCAUGCUCGCGCUCGCCUUCCAGAACCACGGCCCGCCCUACAUUGACAACCCCGCCCUCGCACGGCGCAACAUCAACACGCUGACGCCAUCGGAGAAGGCCGCGUUUGUGCAUCCCGAUGCGCAGCGCCGUGGGUCGAUGAUGGCCAUCAUCUUUGGCCUCGCAACGUUCUGCUACAUCAUCGCCGACGUGCCGUCCGAUGCGCUCGUGGUCGAAUUCGCCCAGCGCGAGCCCGAAGCCACGCGCGGGCGCAUGCAGUCACUGGUCUACACAACGCGGACGGUCGCGUCGGUCCUUGCACAGGUCGUCAUUGGCGUCGCGCUCAACUCGCCUGCGUACGGCGGGACGUUUUCGUGGGACAUGGGGCUUCAUACGCUCUUUGUGUUGCUGGCGCUUCCGUGUGCAGCCAUGGUGCCCAUCACGUACUUCUUCAUCGUCGACACGCCGCUGCCGCGCGUGCGAUUUCGCGACUACUUGGAUCAGUUUUGGCGCCUCCUCAUCCAGCGCGCGACGUGGCAGGUCAUGCUCUUCAACUUUUUCUUCAACCUCUUCGCGUCCGGGAUCACGUCGACGGCCGCGCCGUACGUCAAGCUCACGUGGGCCGGCGUCGAGAACAUCAACAUUCAGCUCAUGACGAUUCUCAGCAACUUGCUCUUUGCCGGCGCGCUUGCGGCAACCGGGCGCUGGGGCACGAUGUGGAAUUGGCGCUUGGUCAUUGUGACAACGACGCUCGCGAUGAACGCGAUUGACGCAGUCGUGCAGUACCUCACCAUCUACAAUGGCAUUCGGAACCAGUGGUUCUACCUCGGCGUGCCAUUGGCCGAGCAGCUGCCGUACGCCAUGCAGUUCAUCGUGACCACGUUUGUGAUCGUCGAGCUUGCCGAAGUCGGCAACGAAGCGGUGACCUACGGCCUCCUCACGACGGUCAACAAUCUGCCCACCGCGUUUGGCCCGCUCCUCGCCAACAUCAUUUUCGGGUCGUUUGAUGUCUCGAACGAAGCCAUUGCCGCCGACUCGGACGCGACGCGCCACCAGGUCGCGGCGACUUAUGCCAUCUACUAUGGCACGACCAAGGAGGCCGUGUACGACUUGAAGGCCUACGGCGGGUACCAGCCGAUCAUUGGCGGCCUCGUGGCGGCCGGCAUGGCGGCGUCGCUAGUCUUUUCGCUCGUCGUGAGCGUGCUCUCCAUGUUUGAUGAAACGUCGUGCUUGGUCGUCGCCGGUGGCUCUGGGUGCCCGUAG